CUUCUUCAUCUUGGUACACGCCUAAAUGGGAUUCUCAUUUUAACACCAAUUUCUUGAAUGAGUAUCUCCGAUUUUCCGCUAUAAAUAGCGCUCCAUCUCCACCUCUUUUACCCACAACUAAUGCAUCAAAAGGGUCAAUCUUGCAACCGCAGAUCCAGGACAUUUUCAAGAUCUCGCAUUGCCAUUGAGGGUUGUUAGAUUUUUCUGCCAAUUUCCAUCCCUUUAAAACCCUUCUCCACUCUCUCCCCAGCUCACUCUCGCUUCUCACCAUGGCUGCCGUUCAAGAGCAAGAGCGUGAGGUUCAGAAGAGUUACUGGACGGAGCAUUCUGCUGACCUCACACUGGAAGCUAUGAUGCUUGAUUCCAAGGCGGCUGAUCUUGACAAAGAAGAGAGGCCUGAGGUGAUGUCUCUGCUCCCACACUUUGAGGGAAAGUCAGUUCUGGAGCUUGGAGCCGGCAUUGGCCGCUUCACCAGUGAACUGGCUAAAACAGCCGGUCAAGUGAUUGCUCUUGACUUCAUUGAAAGUGUGAUAAAGAAGAACGAAGCUACCAACGGGCAUCAUAAAAAUGUCAAAUUUAUCUGCGCUGACGUGACAUCUCCGGACCUGACCUUCCCUGAAGGGUCUCUGGACGUGAUAUUCUCAAACUGGCUACUAAUGUAUCUCUCGGACAAAGAGGUUCAGGACCUUGCAAAGAGACUGGUCAAAUGGUUAAAAGUUGGUGGCUAUAUCUUCUUCAGAGAGUCGUGUUUCCAUCAGUCCGGUGAUCACAAGCGAAAGUCUAAUCCCACUCAUUACCGUGAACCAAGUUUCUAUACCAAGGUGUUCAAAGAAUGUGAAUCGGCUGACAAUUCUGGGAAUUCAUUUGAGCUUGCUCUCAUUGGCUGCAAGUGCAUUGGAGCUUAUGUGAAAAACAAGAAGAAUCAGAAUCAGAUUUGCUGGCUCUGGCAAAAGGUUACUUCAGAUGAUGACAGGAAAUUCCAGAAAUUCUUGGACACAGUCCAAUACAAAUGCAGUGGAAUAUUGCGCUAUGAGCGCGUCUUUGGACAGGGAUACGUGAGCACCGGAGGACUAGAAACAACUAGUGAAUUUGUGGCCAAACUGGACCUUCAGCCCGGCCAGAAGGUCCUAGACGUGGGGUGCGGCAUUGGUGGAGGCGAUUUCUAUAUGGCAGAGAAGUACGACGUUCAUGUUGUUGGCAUAGACCUCUCCAUCAACAUGAUCUCUUUCGCUCUCGAGCGUGCCAUUGGCCUCAACUGUGCAGUUGAAUUUGAAGUUGCCGACUGCACCAAGAAAGAGUAUCCCGAUGGCUCAUUUGAUGUGAUCUACAGUCGCGAUACAAUCCUUCACAUUCAAGACAAGCCUGCAUUAUUCAGGUCGUUCUACAAGUGGCUGAAGCCGGGAGGCAAAGUCCUCAUAAGCGACUACUGCAGAAACUCUGGGACCCCAUCUGCUGAAUUUGCAGAGUACAUUAAGCAAAGGGGAUAUGAUCUGCACGAUGUUAAGGCUUAUGGCCAGAUGCUUCGUGAUGCUGGCUUCGUUGAUGUCGUUGCUGAGGAUCGAACUGAUCAGUUCUUGAAAGUUCUCCAGAAGGAAUUGGCGACGGUGGAGAAGGACAAGGAAACAUUUAUAAGCGACUUCUCUGAGGAGGACUACAACGACAUAGUUGGAGGCUGGAAGGCUAAGCUCGUGCGGAGCUCCUCGGGGGAGCAGAGGUGGGGUCUGUUUAUCGGCAAGAAACAGUGAAAUCCUCGGGUGUUUUACCGUGCCUCGUCGUAUUAGUAUCCAUCUGUUUUAGUUCAAUAAAAGGCAUGGUGUUGAAUAAUAUGGGUGUAGUGUGUUGUAUCUGUGUAUGUUGAUGCCAUCAGUUAUUCUUAACAGUCAGUUUCUAGGCAUCCAUCUACUUUGUUUGUUCUGUACUUGAAUGGUCAUAUUUUUAUCUAUGAAUUUUACCUCCUCAAAA